AUGGAUAUGGACAUGGAUAUGGAACUCGCCUCUAUAGUGUCUUCUUUAAGCGCCCUAUCCAAUGGGAACAACAACGGCAGCCAGGCCACAGCCAUUGUGGGUAGCGCUACUGCUGGCUCGCAGCAGAUCGGUGGCUUCAGAAGGUCGAGCUUUACUACAUCAAACGAUAUAGACUCUGACAUCUUACUACUUCACGGUUCCAGUGAGUCUUCGCCGAUAUUUAAGAAAACCGCACUAUCCGUCGGUACUGCUCCGCCGUUUUCCACGAACUCCAAGAAGUUUUUUGGCAACGGCAGUAACUACUACCACUACAGAUCAAACGAUACUUCCUCCCUGUCAUCUGCAUCUCAUAACAACUAUCAAACGCACAAUGCUGCGGGUAAUCUUGGGAAAAACAAUAAAGUCAACCAUCUUUUGGGCCAAUAUUCAGCUUCCAUUGCUGGACCUGUUUACUACAAUGGCAAUGAAAACAAUAAUUCUGGCGGGGAGGGAUUUUUCGAGAAAUUCGGGAAGUCCUUAAUUGACGGUACAAGGGAACUGGAAUCUCAAGAUAGGCCCGAAGUUACCGCUAAUCAGUCCCAGUUCAUUCCAGAAAGUGUUUCUAACGCUAGCUUAGACACGCAAAGUACUUUCGAGCAAACUGUCCAAUCUGAUGCAAACUCCAAUAAUUUGAAUAGGAAUACCACGAACAGUGGCUCGCUUUACCAUUCUAGUUCAAAUUCAGGUUCUUCCGCGUCUUUGGAGUCAGAAAAUGCUCAUUACCCUAAAAGAAAUAUUUGGAACGUGGCUAAUACUCCGGUGUUCAGACCUAGUAACAGCCCUGCAGGUGUUGGCGCCUCCAACGUGUUGGUGCCCAACCAACAAGAUGGACUUGCAAACAAUAAUUUUCCCUCGUACAUAAAUGGCUUUCCACCGAACCAAUUCCAUCAGGGCCCUCAGUACCAAAACUUCCCCAAUUAUUUAAUCGGGUCCCCCUCAAAUUUCAUUUCCCAAAUGAUUUCAGUACAAAUUCCUACGAAUGAAGACACUGAAAACGCUGGCGGUAAAAAGAAGAAGAAAGCAAACAGACCUUCUUCUGUCUCUUCACCUUCUUCUCCACCAAACAAUACUCCGUUUUCAUUUCCCUAUCCUAACCCAAUGAUGUUUAUGCCACCACCAACACCAUCUGCUACCCAGCAACAACAUCAGCAGCAGCAGCAACAAGACCAACCGCAGCAGCAGGAGAAUCCUUAUAUUUACUACCCCUCUCCAACCCAUAUACCUGUCAAGGUACACACUAAGGAAGAAAAAAAUUUUAAGAAAAGGAACAACAAGAAUCAUCCUGCAAAUAACACCAACAACACAAACAAACAGGCAAACCCUUAUUUGGAAAACUUGUCCACCCCUAAAAGCUCUUCCAAAAAGAACGCAUCCUCCAAGUCCAGUGAGUCAACAGGUAAUAGUCAUAAAUCUCAAUCUCAAUCUCAACCUCAAAGCUCACCACACCAGCAACAGCAACAAAUGUAUCACCGGUCGCCAUUGUUAGAGCAACUAAGAAGUAGUGGCUCUGACAAAAAUUCGAAUUCAAGUAUGUCAUUAAAAGACAUCUUUGGCCAUUCUUUAGAGUUUUGCAAAGACCAACAUGGUUCACGAUUCAUUCAGCGUGAAUUGGCCACUUCACCAGCUUCUGAAAAGGAAGUAAUAUUCAAUGAAAUUCGUGAUGAUGCCAUUGAGCUAUCAAAUGAUGUAUUUGGUAACUAUGUUAUACAAAAAUUCUUUGAAUUUGGUAGCAAGAUUCAGAAAGAUGCUUUAGUGGAACAAUUCAAAGGUCACAUGAAGCAGUUAUCUUUGCAAAUGUACGCAUGCCGUGUCAUUCAAAAAGCUCUAGAAUUUAUCGACUCCAAGCAAAGAAUCGAGUUGGUCCUGGAAUUAUCUGAUUCUGUUUUGCAAAUGAUUAAAGAUCAGAACGGUAAUCACGUCAUCCAAAAGGCCAUUGAGACAAUUCCUAUAGAAAAAUUGCCCUUUAUUUUAAGUUCUUUAACUGGCCAUAUAUACCACCUCUCCACUCACUCUUACGGCUGUAGAGUCAUCCAAAGGUUGUUGGAAUUUGGUUCGAGUAAUGAUCAGUGUAGCAUUCUAAAUGAAUUGAAAGAUUUCAUACCAUAUCUGAUUCAAGACCAAUACGGUAACUACGUUAUUCAAUACAUUUUACAACAAAACCAAUUCACCAAUAAGGAAAUGGUCGACGUUAAACAAGAAAUUAUAGAGACUGUGGCCAAUAAUGUUGUCGAAUAUUCAAAACAUAAAUUCGCAUCCAACGUGGUCGAAAAAUCUAUCCUUUAUGGCUCCAAAGAUCAGAAGGAUCUAAUAAUGUCCAAGAUUUUACCAAAAGACAAGAAUCAUGCUUUAAAUUUGGAAGACGAUUCUCCAAUGAUUUUAAUGAUCAAAGAUCAAUUUGCCAACUAUGUUAUCCAAAAACUGGUCAAUGUUUCUGAGGGUGAAGGUAAGAAAUUAAUCGUCAUUGCAAUUAGAGCCUAUUUGGAUAAGCUAAACAAAUCUAACUCUUUGGGGAAUAGGCAUUUAGCCAGUGUCGAAAAACUUGCAGCAUUGGUCGAAAAUGCAGAGGUGUAA